GACCGACAAAGUAAUCGAGAAAGGGCUCACUUGUCCAUUUUCGAUAUCGCGAACAUGUCUGGCAAGACUAUGUGCUAUUUGGAUUGCGUGUCACCUUACUCCUACUUUGCACUACUGUAUCUUGAGGAAAACAGAGAAACACUUGCAACGCACAAUGUAGAGAUCGACAUCGUCCCAGUCUUUCUUGGCAGCAUGAAUGUCGGCAGCCCGCGCGAGCAAGCGAUACUUCGGUGCAGAAGAUGUGAAGACGCCAGACUCCUUCCCAGUCCUGUCUCUCCUGCCGCAAGGUGCUCUGUUUUUCGUCAAAGAGACAUCCGAACCUCUUCAUUUCCACCUUCCUUGACAUUUUCAAGGCAAUGUGGAAGAACAGUAAAGACGUCAGUGUACCUGACAUGCUUGCCGAGACACUUCAAUCGCGCUUCAGCUCCGAGGAGGUAAAGACGACAAUAUCAUCAGCAAACAGCGCCCCAUUCAAGCAGCGACAUAAGGAUGACACGAAGGGGGCCCUCGACCGGGGUGCCUUCGGAUGCCCGUGGUUCUGGGUGUGCAAUAGAGAAAGGAGCCGAAGAUCCCUUCUUCGGAAGUGACAGGUACGCCACAGCCC